ACCCAAAAAUCGCAUCAUCCAUAGUAUGGCCUGGGGCCAUUCACAGGGGAUUACGAUGUAUCAAAUCUAUUGUAAAUCUCGAACCCGACGAGUUGGAACGAAUUUGGUUAUUUCCGAACCGAAUCGAGUUCAACCACAUCGAGUUUAACUCGCCUCGACGGCAACACUAAUGUCACCGGGACGAAUAGUCAAACAUUAUAACCGACACGAUCAUCUUGAUCAUGCUCGGCUAAUGGGAUAUAAGUAUGGAGUGCAUGAAACACAUUCCAAUCAUUCUCUCACUAAAUCUCCUGUUUGCCAGCUUCUCGCAAUGUCAACUAACACACACUCCAUAUCCACUUUCGAUGGUGGUGUCCUAGCAAGCAUCCGCCAGUCCAUCGCUGAUUUUCUUCGGCGUUGCGGUUUGAAAUACAUGGACGUCACAAUCGACGAAGCAUAUCACUCUGAAUGCUACCAGGAGGCAAUCAACCGUGGCUUUCCGAUGGACGGGGAAUAUUCCAUCCGCGAAUACAUGGACGUUGGUGUGGCCAUGGCGUCCAACGCUUACACCCACCUUCCUGAUGCAGCCAGGAUGUGGAUGUGCCUGUUCACUGCUAUCGCCACCCGCAUCGAUGACAAGGUGGUCAGGGGCGAAGACAUGAUGGAUGUCUACCAUUUCAACGAGCGGUUUGUGAGCUGCCAACCACAGGGUGAUCCAAUCCUGAACGCACUCGAUGUGAUCUUGCGUGAGAUCGCUAGUCUUCAUUCCCCGCUGGUAUCGAGUCUUAUCACCGUGUCCACGCUCAACUUUAUGUGUGCAAACUGCCUUGAUUUUGAGACUCAAGACAUGCAGAUCUCGCCCAAAACUCCCUUGUACCCAGAGUAUUCCAGGCUUCUAGGAGGCUUGGUGGAUGGAUAUGUCUUAUUUAUCUUCCCUUCCAUGCUCCCAACCCCAGAUUACAUUCAAUGCAUGCCGGAUCUAAGGACUGUCGUGAACCACACAAAUGAUAUACUAUCUUACUACAAGGAAGAGAUGGAAGGUGACAACGCAAACUACUUGUCGCUCAUGGCAGCCUCUCGUACCUCCACCAAACAGGAUGCUCUGUGCGAACUGAUCGAGAAAACUGUACAAGCGCAUCACAAUAUCCUUGAAUGCCUCAGACCUGGUUCAGAGGCCCGUGAUGCCUACAUCAGUUUUUUCGAAGGAUAUGUCAAAUUCCAUGUUGCCUUGAAAAGGUACAAGCUGAAAGAUAUCAUGGCAGAGAUGUCCUCUUAUUGAUGGAUGUUUAUUCCCCUCGGUAUGAUACUUUCCGACUUUCUACGUUGAUCACCAUAUCUUAACUUGGCUACUUGUGCAGCUGCGCCCUCGGGCUGUCCGUC